AUGCGAUGUGUAAAAACUCUCGCGGGCCGGAAACGGGGCAUGCCCACAGUUCCGUUGAUGAAUCCAAACUCUCCACUCGUGAGCAGCACGUCAGCCAGCGCCAGCACGAAGCCUUCCCCAAAAGCGUACGUCCUGACCCCAGAAGAGCAGCUGGCACGCGUGCAGGACUUCAGCUUGACGAGCCCCGCGAUUCCCAUUGCCGGGACAAGCUUGCAGUGGAGCUUUGCAUACUGGAUGUCCGAGGAUGCCGUAGACGAAUUGAAGCUGCAGUUCUUUGAUGGAGCGAGUUGGGUGACUUCGUGGUCACGGUCCAGCAGGCGUGGCUGGCAGCGUGUUUCCACGCGCUUACCGGCCAGCACCAUUGCAGUGCGAUUCGUCGGAAGCACCGGCAAUCCCGGUGACAGGCUCAUGGCUGUUGAUGACGUAAGGACGGGGCCUGUGGAUUUCAUGGAUUUGACCUGCGAUUUCGAGUUCGACUCCUGCAACUGGUUUUCUGCGCUCCCUGGCUCUACCUGGCAGCAUGUUGUGGAUGCCAACGCGUCGGGGCAGCAUGAGGUCGAGAACGGCAAGUCCCACCUGUGGGCUUCCAACACAUCAGAGGGCAAAGAGAGCCAGUUCGUUUUGGAGAGCUCGCACUACAUGACUGCUGGUGAGCACGCCCUUGCCUUUGCCUACCAGGUCAUUGGCUCGCCCGCUGCUGCGCUUGAGCUGCAGUACAAGACCGCAUCCAACGACUGGGUGCAACUCUUUGCGAAGACGGGAGGCCAAGGCUCAGACUGGCGUGAGGCCAUCGUCAGCAUUCCCGCGGGCAGCACCGCUCUCCGGUUCCAGGCCAACUUGACCUCAGAGGAUGCUGUGAGCCUGGACUCCUUGCGCAUCUGGAAGGAUGCGACAAGCUGCAGCUUUGAGGCGGACCUGUGCAGCUGGCUGCCUGGGGGGCAAGAGCGGUCCGACUGGGAGCGCCGUUCCGGCUCGACAGCAACUGUAGCUACAGGCCCCGAUUCCGCUUUCCGCGGCCAGUGGUACAUUUUUGUCGAAGGCCAUGACCAGCACUGGCUGGAUCCAACUGUGACCACGCCCUGGUUCCCAGCGACCUUCGCCGAGACUUACAUGGAAUUUGCCUAUCACAUGUUGGGAUCUGGAGUUGGCAACCUGGAACUGCAGUUCUUCCACGCAGGUCAAUGGCGGACACGGUGGUCCAAGCAAGGUUCCCAGGGCGAUCUGUGGUUGCAGCAGAAGCUGUCCAUCCCAAGCGAUGCUGAAGCUUUGCGCUUUGUCAGCACUCAGGCCACGAGUUGGAUGUCAGACGUCGCAGUCGACGAGGUGAUUCACUGGCUGCCAGACUCCCCAAACUCCCAAGACAUCCAAGACUCCCAGCCAGAAGCCGGUCUCACUUUAACUGCUGGCGGCUUUCACACCUGUGUUCUCACAUCCUCUGGCCUGCUCAAGUGUUGGGGUGCGGGAGAGUAUGGAAGGCUUGGACUGGGUGACGAGGAGAGCCGGGGCGACGGCCCUGCAGAAAUGGGCGAGAACCUCCCAGUCGUCGACGUCGGUGGAGACGUGCUGCAAGUUGCAUCGGGACACUGGCACAGCUGCGCUCUGCUGCGCGCAGGAGCUGUUAAGUGCUGGGGCCAUGGACAUCGCGGCCAACUUGGCAAUGGAAGAUCCUGGAAUGCGGACUUCGGUGAUCGGCCUGGGGAAAUGGGUGAUGCGCUCCCUGUGCUGGACCUUGGAAGCAACGGAAGCCAACCCAAGCAUGCUGUGAAGGUGGCUUGCGGAGGAGAACACAGCUGUGCUCUAUUUCAGGAUGGAACGACCAAGUGUUGGGGGGGCAAUGACUUUGGCCAAUUGGGCCUCGGCGAUGCUGACUCUCGUGGUCGAAUGUCGUCCCAGAUGGGCACUGCCCUCCCCUCCGUGGACCUCGGAGCCCAUUUCGCGGUGGCCGAGCUUGCAGCUGGAGGUGCAGCGACCUGUGCUUUGUCACAGGCAGGUGAGAUCAAGUGUUGGGGAAGCCCACUUGGCUGGGGCACAAGCGAAGCUCUCGGAGAUGGCCCUAAUGAGAUGGGCGAGAACCUUCCAGUCAUCGAUCUCGGACAAAAGGCCACGCAGAUUGCCAUGGGCGACUGGCAUGCCUGCGCAGUCCUCGAGGACUCGUCAUGGACAAUGUCUUGA